AUGGUUCAGCGCGCUACCCGCACUCCUGGCGCCGCUCGCCACCACAAGGCUCACCGUGCUAUCAUUGAAGCCCGCGAGGAGGAGCAGGCUCGCCGCGAGGCCGAGGAGAAGGAUGCUGACGUCGACGAGGAGGAUGACGGUGUCGUCUACGAGGGUGAGGAGGACCACUGCGGUGAGAUGUGCCAGAAGCGCAAUGCUUCCCUCGACGAGGCAAAGGACGAGGAUGACGAGCUCAGCAAGCCCGGUGUCGUCGAGGUCAUGGACGACGGCGAGGAUGACGAAUCACAUUCGUCGUCGGCUACGGCCGCUUCGAGGGCUCAAAAGUCACCUGCCGUUGAUGCAGCGGCUGCUGGCACGUCGGUUGCUUCCUCUGGUGGCACUCUCGACCCUAGCGUCUCAGCAGAGAUUGCUACGAUUACUAGCGGUGUCCCUACUACGACCCCCACUUACGCCCUUGGGACGACCUACACCGCCGGUGCCUCAAACACUUUUGUCUCUGGAGCUCCUGCUCUGCCCGCUGCCACGGCUGCGCGUCCCGCCGACUACCCUACGCUGGACAAGGCACCCCCUACCGACUCGCAGCAGGCCCAGGAAUGGAUUCAGCAGUACUCGAGCCAGCUCUCACAAGCGCCCAACAUCCCCUUGACCGUUGACCAAGCUUCGUGCUCAGGCAACCCGACGAACCUCCAGAACGCAGCUGCCAACCACUGGUGGACAUGCGGAGGCUACACUACGAGUGAUGACGUGACCCAGUGCCCAGACGAGAACACUUGGGGUCUCUCUUACGACGACGGACCGUCCCCUUACACUCCCAAGCUUCUCGACUACAUGGAGAAGCACGGUGACCUCAAGUCGACCUUCUUCAUCGUCGGAUCGCGCGCCAUCUCUCGUCCUGACAUUCUCCAGUACGAGUACAUGAAGGGACACCAGCUUUCGGUCCACACCUGGUCGCACACCGCGCUCACCACACAGAGCAACGAGGCCAUUCUGCUUGAGCUCCUCUGGACCAUGAAGGUCAUCAAGACCAUUACCGGCGUCACGCCCAACACCAUGCGCCCUCCCUACGGAGACAUUGACGACCGCGUCCGCUACAUCUGCAAGAUGGUCGGCCUCACCCCGAUCAUCUGGACCUCGCUUUCUUCGACCUCUUCCUUCGACACCAACGACUGGAAGAUCCAGUCCGGUGUAGUCACGGCCGCUCAGUCCGUCAACACCUUCGAGUCCAUCCUGCAGCAAGCCCCCAGCCUUGGCCACGGCUACAUUGUCCUUGAGCACGACCUCUACCAGCAGUCCGUCGAACUCGCCGUGACCGUUGUGCUGGACAUGGCCCAGAACAUGAACCCCAAGCAGACGCUCGAGCCUAUUGUUACCUGCCUCAAGAAGGACAUGAACGAGGCCUACAUCGAGACCAGCACCAACAAGUCCAGCCCUGCUGCAACGGGUUCAUCGGCCUCGUCAAGGAGCGGAGGCAGCAGUGGUGCAGACGGCAUUCUUGCGGCCUUGCUCCGUAACGGCGCCGACUGCCUUGGCACGCUCCAGGGCGGUGGGACCUCCACCGCCGCCGCCGCCGCCUGA